CAUUGUCUGCAGGUGUUGUGCACAGCAGAUGUGUUUGUAAAAACCACAAGAGAAACCUCACAGCAAAAGCAGAGCCAUCUCAGCCCCCUUACCUCUCCCACUGAACACUCAUAAAAUGUGCCUUCUUACAUUGGCCUCAGUGAGUUGAGAUGGACAGAUUCAGCAGAAUCAUACGUUUUGGGGGACCACUGCUGCAAACCAUCCUCUUGAUUGCCUCUGUUUGGAAAUUAGCAGCUUGCUCUGAGGUUACAAUCGUGGGGGGACAUGAGGUCAAGCCUCACUCCAGGCCGUGGAUGGUGUCCCUUCAGGUCAAGAACAAUCACAUAUGUGGGGGCACUCUGAUCCGAGACCAGUGGGUUCUGACGGCAGCUCACUGUAAGGGUGUCUUUGGUGAGUCUAAGAAAUUCGUGGAAGCCGUCCUUGGAGCUCACUCUCUGACAAGCAGCAAAAACACACAGCGGGUAGCCAUUGAGGAGUACUAUGUACCUGGCACCUAUAGUGACAGAACCAAGGAAGAUGACAUCAUGUUAAUCAAGCUGAAGAUGAAAGUCAAGGUAAACAGCAAGGCAGUGAAAGUGAAAGAGGUUUCAAAGUCUGGCAAAGACCUCCAGGUUGGCACACAGUGCCAGGUGACAGGAUGGGGGGUGGUAAGUGCUACGGGUAGCAUGCCGUCAGACACACUGCAGGGGGCAGAGGUGGACAUAGUGGACAGGAAGCUCUGUGACUGCUUCUACAACAGAAACCCUGUGAUCACCCAGGACAUGCUCUGUGCUAGCAACAGCAAAAGACAGGCAGAUGCUUGCAAGGGGGAUUCUGGUGGCCCGUUGGAGUGUAAGAAAGCCUUUGUAGGCUUGGUGUCUGGAGGACUGGGCUGUGGCAACCCCAAGAAGCCUGGAGUGUACACCCGGUUCUCCAAAAGACACCUGGAUUGGAUCCACAAGAUCAUCAAACAUCAAUCAAACACCACCAAUGUUGGCAUACUGUAAGGAUGUAAUGGGUCAGACCAUAGAUUGUUUGAACUAGAAUCAAUUACAGUCCAGCUCCUAGGUCCCUAAGGCUCAUACAAUACAUGUGUUUAUGUCAUCACCCGUUUGCCUCUCUGUUUAAAAUAAAGAGUAACUGCAACUGUUGUGGUGUUCACUUUUUCCUGACAGCUUUCUUUUUCCUUCUAGAGCAGUGGCAACCCGUCAUUUAUGUAUUUCCUUUAGGGAGACCGGUUGUCUUUGCUGGAUCUCUGUGUCAAACAAGAUUUCUCUGUAGGACAUCUCUGUAGGACAUCAGCUUUAGCUAUAUCCAUUACCUCGCCAGCAUCUCUGUUUUGUAUAGCUUGAACAGUCCAUGGGCGUCAGGUUACAACUGUAUAUCUGCGUGUGUGGUCCACACAGUUUGGUUACAUUUCUAUGCUUAACAAUGUGAGCCCCACAUUUUUAGCAAAAAAACUAUAAUAAAAAAAGUAACAAUUUGAGCCCCACAUUUUUAGCAAAAUAACAACUUUUUUUUUGGUUAGGGGGGUUUGCUUGUUUUGAUUGUUAUUUUGGCAUUAAUAUGUGUCACAUAUCAGUUUGCAAACAUGUAAAACAUUCAAUAAAUAAUUGAGUUAAUAAAGCUGCAUAUAACCAUG